AUAAACACUAUUAUGUAAAUCAGUAUCACAGACUCGGGUAGUACAUUUUUUGAUUUACAGCGUGUAACGACUGUAACGUUCAUUAGGUUAUAUGACUAACUUGAUAAUUCAAGAGUUAUGACGUUAUGACUCCAACUUCGUUCUGAUUUAUUUAUUUAUUUUGUUUCAAAUUUAUUUCUUAAUAAAAUUUAACCAUGUCUGAUAUUCGUAAAGAAUUAGUUAGAGCUGCAAUUAACAGAGCAUAUGCUUUAAUAGACUAUAGUGUUUACAAUAAUGCACACAAAGAAUAUGAAUUUAAAAAACAAACAAUUAUUGAUGAUGAAUCGCUUACAGAUGAUGAAAAAUCUGAAGCAAUAGAAAUAUUAACUGGAUAUUAUGACGAAUGUAAAAUUGUAAAUAAUGAAGGAACAAAAAGGAUUUGUGAAAAUUGUAACAAAGAAUGUUUAGCUAUAUUAUAUUGUGAAUAUUGUGUUCGAAAUUAUUUAAAAGCAAAUUUUUCAAAUUGGACAUCUGGAAAUGAUAAUAUUGAUAAUUUAAUACAAGAAUGUCAGAUGAAAGCAAUAAGCCCAUAUUUAAUACCAGAAUGGAUUCCAUAUAAUAAUUUUCAAAAUGUCAAAUAUCUAACAAAAGGCGGAUUCUCAGAAAUUUAUACAGCAGAUUGGAUUAAUGGGCAUUUUAUUAAAUGGGAUUCUAAAGAGCAACAAUUAAAAAGAAUUGGAGAAUCUGGAUUUGUACAAUAUGUAGUACUUAAAAGAUUAGAUAAUGUUGAAAAUGCAAAUCAAAGUUGGUUUGAAGAGGCUAAAUCACAUUUAACUAUAAGCAAUAAAUGGGGAGAAGUUGUCCAAUGUUAUGGAUUAACACAAGAUCCAUUAAAUGGAAAUUUAGUAUUAGUGAUCUUGGAUUUUGUGGACCUUGCAGAUAAACCAUUAAAAAGUAUAUAUGGAAAUCUUCCUUAUGUAGCACCUGAGGUUAUUAUCGGAAACGAACAGACUUUUAAAUCUGAUAUUUAUAGUAUUGCAAUGCUUAUGUGGGAAAUUUCAUCUGGACAACCACCAUUUAUUAAUUAUGAACAUAAUUACGAUCUCGCUAUGAAUAUUGUUAAUGGCAUAAGACCAAAAAUUGUAUCAGGAACUCCUUUAGAAUAUAAAAAUUUAAUGAAACAAUGUUGGGAUGCUGAUUCGUCAAAGCGACCUGAUACUGACACACUUUGGAAAAAAAUAAGUGGAAUUAAUUUAUUUUAUCAAAUUGAUGAUUUUGGUAAAUCAGUUAAUCAAAGGGAUAGUGAUACGUUAAUUAAUAAAGAUAAUAGUAAAAUUUUACCCCAAGUUUUUAAUGAAUUACAAAUAAACUCAUCAAAAACUGAUACAGAUGUAUUUAUAAACACUAUUACAACUGAAGCAUUUCUUAUUAUAAAUUAUUUAAACACUAAAGACUAG